AUGGACAGAGAAUGGGUUUUUCUUGAUCGUGAUUGUGAUGAAUAUGAACAAGGACGAGACGCAUUCAUCAAUUAUUCAUUACAGUAUUCUUCAUUCCCAGACAAAAUCAAAUGCCCUUGUCGAAAGUGCCGCAACAGAUGGGCAAUGGCCGUGGAAAUUGUUAAAGACCAUAUUUAUGUUGACGGCUUUGAUCCGGUCUAUGUUAAUUUGCCAUGGGUAGAGCAUGGUGAGCAGUUACCGCAAUUAGAAGCAAUCAAUAUUGCCGCACCAUUUGAGCCACAACAUCCCACCAUAGUUGGUGAUAUACCAGACAUGUUACACGAUGCUUUUGGCAUUCAUGAUAAUGACUAUGUCCCAGAUAUAGAAGUUGAUGAUUUUUCCAAUGAAGAUCCUUGUCUAACACCUGAUGCAGCCAAAUUUUACAAGCUAAUGAGUGAAGCUGAUAUGGAUUUGUUCCCUGGUGCUCGUAAAAAAAUGAUUGACUUCUUGGUCAGGUACUAUCAACUUAAGUCUUUGCAUGGAUGGAGUGAUGUUUCAUUCACAGAGGCAUUGAAGUUGUUGAAGGCUUCUUUCCCUGAAAGUGAGAACCUCCCUGCUAGUUUUUAUAAAACUAAGAAGUUGGUGAAAGACCUUGGGUUGUUGUAUGAAAAGAUAGAUGCAUGUCCAAAUGACUGCAUGUUGUUUUGGAAAGAACAUUUUGCUGAGACAAUUUGUAGUAUUUGUGGGGCAAGUCGGUACAACCCGAGGCCUACUGAAGAUGGAGCAACUGGUAAACUAAGAUCAGCAAAGGUACUUCCUUAUUUUCCGUUGGGACCUAGAUUGCAGCGGUUGUAUAUGUCUCGGCACACAUCAGAGUCAAUGACAUGGCAUUCUACUAAACGUACUAAAGAUGGGAAACUCCGUCAUCCAGCAGAUUCUCCUGCUUGGUCCAAGUUAGAUGAGAUGUAUCCAAACUUUGGAAAUGAGAGUCGUAAUGUACGUUUGGGGUUGGCAAGUGAUGGGUUCAAUCCAUUUGGAAAUAUGAGUACUUCACAUAGCACUUGGCCGGUUGUCAUGACAGUUUAUAAUCUUCCUCCUUGGUUGUGCAUGAAGCAACCUUACAUCAUGCUAUCUUUGCUUAUUCCUGGACCUAAAGGGCCUGGUAAUGAUAUCGAUAUUUAUUUGCAACCUCUAGUGGAAGAGCUGAAGAAUUUGUGGCAUGAAGGUAUUAAAACAUAUGAUGCUUUCACAAAUAGUACAUUUACAAUGCGUGCAGCUGUAUUAUGGACUAUAAGUGAUUUUCCGGCGUAUGCCAUGUUGUCUGGUUAUAGUACGAAGGGUUAUAAGGCUUGUCCUAUUUGUAUGGAAGAAACUGAUUCCACCAGAUUGCAUAAUGGGAAGAAGGAAUGUUUUAUGGGUCAUCGACGAUGGUUAGAUGAAGACCAUCAAUAUCGUGGUUGGCGAAACAACUUUAAUGGUUUCCCUGAGCAUCGCGACCGACCAAAGCUAAUGACAGGGUCUGAUUGCCUUAGAGAUAUAAGCGGUUUGAAGUUUCAAUAUGGGAAGGGAACAAAAUCUCCUCUGACUCGAAAGCGAUCACGUUCGAAAGGUGUGCCUGAGCCGUACAAAGGGAAUUGGAGGAAGAUUAGUAUAUUUUUUGAUCUGCCAUAUUGGGAGCAUUUGUUGCUACGUCACAACCUCGAUGUUAUGCAUAUCGAAAAAAAUGUAACAGAUAGUGUGGUUGGGACAUUGCUUGGGAUGAAAUGGAAGAAUAAGGAUAGUGCAAAAGCUCGUGAGGACAUGGUACUUCUGAAUGUUAAGCACGGUCUUCACCCAAUAACACCAGGAGGAUAUCCUCCUGCAAUUUUCAACUUAAAAAAUGUUGAGAAGUCCACAAUAUGCAAGGUGCUAGCUUCAAUACAUCCACCAGAUGGGUUUAGCUCAAAUGUUAGUAAUUGUGUGCGCAUUGAAGAAAGGACUUUGGUGGGACUUAAAAGUCAUGACAGUCACAUUCUAAUGCAAUAUCUUUUUCCUAUUGCCAUUCGUCGAGCCAUUAGUCAUAAGGUCUUAGUCACGGUGCUACUUAAACUAAGUUCAUUUUUCAAACACUUAUGCAGCAAGGUGGGAUCAGUUGAAUAUUUUACCAAUUUGUCUUCUGAAAUUGCUAUAACACUUUGCACCCUGGAGUCUAUCAUGCCACCUGCAUUUUUUGACAUCAUGGAACAUCUUCCGAUUCAUUUGGCUGACGAGGCUGCUAUAGCUGGACCGGUUCAUUAUCGUUGGAUGUAUCCCAUUGAAAGGUACAACCAUUCUACUAUUUAG